ACUUAGGACAAGGAUUAAGUCUGGGUCUAACCAUUUGUCAGGCCCUGAGUCCUUUUUAAAAACAGGAGUUGGUAGAAGCUUUGGAUCUGAAGCAAUGGAGGCCAUUGGUCAUGGAGGUGUAGAUAGUGGAGAUGGUGCAGAACCUCACAACAGUGAGCAACAACAGAAGUUUACCUGGGCUGAUGAAGGUCUUAACAUGGAAAACACAAAACCAGCUCAAAGUCCAAAUUUUGCUCCUAAAACACCUUUUAGUCAGGUUUCAGUUCUUAACCAGAAUCUUCUUACAACCAAAACUCAAACUCAGGCCCAUAAAACAUUUAUUAUACAACCAAAAACAUGCACUACCAGACCAGACACUAAGCUGAUACCCUUAAGAACUCAACCUACAAAAUCCAAUGAUGUAGUAUUAACAAGCCAGGGAACUUUAAUUGGUCAAACAGCCGAUAAUAUAGAUACUGCUGUAGGUACACAGGCACCAGAACCAAUCAAUGACUCCUCAAAAUGUGUGUUGCUUGAUGCCCCUCUUAAUUUCUGCUCCUCCAUGAUGGGGAAAAUGUUUGCAGUACCAAAUUUCUUCAACCAAAGCAGUGUGGAGGACGUCCAAGCACUCCUGAGUGAUUGGACUUGGUUGCUAAAGUCUCAAUGCCAUCAUAGUUUGGAGUGGUUUUUCUGCCUCCUCUUGGUGCCAAAGUGCAGCUCCGUGGUCCACCCACCGGCAUUGCCUUGCCAGAGUUUCUGCGAAGUGUUGCGGGACAGUUGCUGGACACUUCUUGAUGGGGGUCGCCUCCCUGUGGAGUGCCACACUCUACCGGAUGAGGAGGAUGACGGGUAUCGGUGCUUGUCAGUUAGUAACCGGAAAGAGGACAACGGAGUCUCACUACUGCAGCUGAUUGGCGAUCCGCCUCCAGAUGGGAUCCCUCAAGUGGAUGGACCCGACAACAACCCUGGCUACGUCUUUGGUCCGGACACCAGCUCGGGCCAAAUGGCGCUCGCCCACUUCCCCAGCUCCUUCUACAGAAACUUUGCCCUGAUCUUCAGCGUGAAACCCACCUCUGACCAGGGCGGCGUCAUCUUCUCCAUCACUGAUUCCUCUCAGGAGGUCAUUGAUGUUGGUGUCAGACUGGCAGCGGUGCAGGGAGGACACCAGGAUGUCAUUUUUUACUACAACUAUUUAGGCAAAAAGAAUUCCCACGAAGCAGCCAGGUUUCCCGUUCCGUCCAUGAAAGACACCUGGAACUGGUUUGCGAUCGCCGUGCAGGACGACAAGGUGAUGUUCUACCAUAGUUGUGAAGGAGAACCCCAAGUGAUGCGCAUGGAGAGGUCGGCGGAUAAGCUGGAGCUGGAAUCCGGAGCCGGGGUCUUUGUUGGUGGAGCUGGAGGAUCUACACACGACAAGUUUGAGGGUGUGAUCAGUGAGCUGAGGGUGGUGGGAGACCCCCGUGCUGCCGAGAGGCUCUGUGAGGAAGAGGACGAUGACUCCGAUAUGGCUUCAGGGGAAGGGAGUGGCGUGGAGGGAUCCGAAGUCCCAAAUCGUUACAGGGAGAAACACCGAUACACGACAACGACUCCAUCCUUACCUCCCAUCCCGCAGCCGCCGCUCAACAGAAAAGGAGAGGAAGCCACCGUCAGAGAGAGUGGUGCAGUCGGUGCUAAAGGAGAGAAGGGCGAACGAGGGGACAGGGGGGAGAAAGGAGACAGGGGUGCUAUUGGGCCAAAGGGAGAAGCAGGUUCUGGCUUCGGCUCACGGGGGGGAAUCCGUGGAGAAAAGGGAGAACCUGGUGAGAGAGGUUUGAAGGGUAAUGCAGGCUUUGGCUAUCCGGGUAAAAAGGGUGAUCCUGGACCACCUGGAGUUCCUGGGCCCCCGGGCCCUCCAGGGCCUGCAGCUGAGUAUUCAGUUGCAAGUGAUGGCUCGGUUGUUUCCAGAGUACCUGGUCCUCGAGGACCCCCUGGAGCACCAGGCUCUCAGGGACCUCCUGGAGAAGAUGGAGAACCAGGGGAUCCCGGUGAGGAUGGAAAAACUGGUCCUCAGGGACCCCCGGGCUUCCCCGGAACCCCAGGUGACUCCGGACAGAAAGGAGAGAAGGGAGACCGUGGAGAGGGUCAGCCUGGCCCCAGGGGACUACCAGGACCACCUGGAGCUCCAGGACCAGGAUACAGAUCUACCUUUGAGGACAUGGAGGCUUCUGGAUUCUCUGAUCUGGAAACCGUUCGGGGACCUCGUGGACCACCAGGUCCCCCUGGCCCCCCUGGUCCUCCAGGUCCCUCCACGUCAGGUUCAACAUCGAACUCUGGAGCAUUUGGACCUCCAGGCAAGGAUGGAGCGCCUGGUCUGCCCGGUUCACCGGGAUUACCGGGCUCCGAUGGCCCUCCUGGAGCUCCUGGUCCAAGGGGAGAAAAGGGGGACUCGGGAGAGCUGGGACUUCCAGGAGCAAUCGGACAAAAGGGAGCUCAGGGAGACCUCGGUUUACCGGGACCACCAGGCGAGCCUGGACUGGCUGGUCUGCCAGGGCCCAUGGGACCAGUUGGACCUCCUGGACCUGCAGGGCCUCCUGGACCAAGUUAUCGUGUUGGAUUUGAUGACAUGGAGGGAUCCAGUGGACUUACUGGUAUCAGAGGACCAGAAGGAAUACAGGGUUCUCCUGGUUUACCCGGACAUCCAGGUGAACCCGGGCUGCCCGGUGCAGAUGGUCCUAAAGGUGACCAGGGUCCGACUGGAAAAGAUGGGCUACCGGGCCUGGACGGCUUUCCUGGACCUCCGGGCCAAAAGGGUGACAGAGGUGACAAAGGAGAAACGGGUGACCCAGGACGAGAUGGAACUGGACUUCCAGGUCCACCGGGCCCCCCUGGACCACCUGGACAGAUCAUCUAUCAGCCAUCUGACAGAGUGAGAAACCUUGAUAAUUUUGCUGGCGGCGCUCAGGGUGGGCUUGGUUUACCUGGCAGAGCUGGACUACCUGGUCCUGUUGGACCGAAAGGUGAAAGAGGUGACCCUGGUCCAGCAGGUUAUGGUGUGAAGGGUGAAAAGGGGGAGCCAGGAUUAAUAAUUGGACCUGAUGGGGCUCCUUUGUACCUGGGGGGACUUACUGGGCAGAAGGGGGACAGAGGACCCGCAGGACCGGUUGGACCUUCCGGUCCGUAUGGACCUCCUGGAUUAAAGGGAGAAAUCGGAAUGCCCGGAAGGCCUGGUCGCCCAGGUGUGAACGGAUACAAAGGUGAAAAGGGAGAACCAGGAGGCGGCGCGGGCUAUGGCUAUCCGGGAGUCGCAGGCCCACCUGGACCUCCGGGGCCACCUGGACCUCCCGGGCCAGCCAUUCCUUUAGAUCGCUAUAACGCCUACGAUGAAGCUUCAAGGAGUUAUAGAGUGGUUAAAGGAGACAAAGGAGAGCGGGGUGACCGCGGACCUCCUGGAACUGUCUCCAACUUUGAUAUUUACACAUUGAAGAAUCAAUUGAAGGGAGAUCGUGGAGACACGGGUGUGAAGGGGGAAAAGGGAGAGCCUGGUCAUGGAUAUUAUGACCCACGUAUUGAAGGGCUACAAGGCCCACCAGGGCCUCCCGGGAACCCGGGCCUACCAGGUCCAAAAGGAGACUCUAUAGUGGGCCCUUCUGGACCUCAAGGUCCUCCAGGGCCACCAGGGGUUGGUUAUGAUGGGCGUCCAGGCCCCCCUGGACCACCUGGGCCUCCAGGACCAGCAACAUCUCCGUCGUUUACUGGAACACAUCGGCCUCAUUAUCCUGUCAGUGUCCCUGGACCUCCUGGUCCCCCUGGCCCACCUGGAAAUCCUGGUCUCUCAUCUGGGGUUACAGUUUUGAGGUCAUAUGACACGAUGAUUGCUACAGCCAGACAGCAGCCAGAAGGAAGUCUUAUAUACAUCAUAGAUAAAGCAGAUCUUUACUUAAGAGUACGAGAAGGACUACGACAAGUCAUGCUUGGACAGUACAGUCCCUUCUCCAGAGAUCUGGAAAACGAGGUGGUGGAAGUCCAGCCUCCACCUGUGAUCGUGUACCCCCACAACUCUCAGAACAACGGAGCAGGUCAUUAUUCAGACAGUGGGUCAGUUAUCCGACCCAUUGAGCCUCCCCAGCCACGACCCCAUCAACCUGUUCCUGGUUCUACUGGCCUCGUUGAGACACCAGAAUCGGUACUACACCUGGCUGCCCUGAACGCACCUCAGACCGGUGACAUGAGAGGGAUUCGUGGUGCAGACUUCAUGUGCUUUCAGCAGGCUCGUGCUGUCGGGCUGAAGGGAACCUUUAGAGCCUUCUUGUCUUCCAAGCUUCAAGACCUGUAUACCAUCGUCCGCACGUUGGACAGGAAAACCUUCCCCAUUGUCAACCUCAAGAAUCAAGUCUUAUUUACCAGCUGGGAGUCCAUCUUCAGAGAAAACAGCAGCAAAAUGAGGGAGAAUGUCCCAAUAUACUCCUUUGAUGGGAGAGAUGUCCUCAGGGACAGUGCAUGGCCUGAGAAGAUGGUCUGGCAUGGAUCGUCCAGCGAGGGCAAACGGAACAUGGACCACUACUGUGAAACAUGGCGUAUAGACAACCACGCACUUACUGGCCUGGCAUCGUCGCUGCAGAGUGGCUACCUCCUGCAGCAGAACCGCAGCAGCUGCUCCGGCUCCUACAUCGUCCUCUGCAUCGAGAACGCCUUCAUGUCGUCCUCCAAAAAAUAAAUCCAUCCUCCUUUUUGUUUUUCUAAACGUCCAAGCAGGCGUGUUUUGUUUUGCUCCUUUGAUUUCGUAAAACAUGACGUCAGUGAACCGGCCCUCGGGCGUUUUUGCUUGGCAUGGACACUGCCCCUCACCCCCUUCUGCUCCUCCCCUCCAAAAACGCCAAAGAGAAGGGUCACAGCAGAAGGUCCUUUUUCUCUGAAGCUUUGGCACAUAUUUCUUUAUGGUGCAGAACAAUAAUGUUCAUCAAUGAAAUCCCCUUUAAAAAGAAACUGUAUAUUAUGUUUGUUGUAUGUGUUCUUUUUCAUGUUAUCCAUGUUUUGCCAUUUUGAACCGCUUUAGAUCUUUUUUUUAUUUUUAUUUUUUUCUCAAUUCCAGUGAAUUUGGGGUAAUAACGUAGUGCAGCGAACGUUUAAGGUCUAUUUUAAAUUUAAAAAGAAAGAUGAUAGAUAUUUAUUUUUAAAUGAAGUUAUAAAAGGAUAAAAAAUGGAAAAUUAAUAUCCUCAUUUAUUUGCCACAUGAUGCAGAACUUUAACUUUCUUCAAAAGAGCCUUUUAUCAGAAAGUGUGCCUUAAUACAAACCCAGGAAUUUUUAACACAGUCAGAUUAUCCACAGCAGGAAACCACUCUGUGAAAUAAUUAGCAGAUAUGCAAAAGUUACAGCCUUAAAAAAUUCUGGUACUGUGAGCUUAGUAUUUUGGAAACCGGUGGUACGAAUAGACUAUUUGAGAGUGAGAUCUUUGUCACGUUGAACUUUGAUAUCGAGAGGAUUUCGUUGACUUUUGUCGACUUAAAUCUGGCUGGAAGAAAUGCUUAUAUCCUGCCAAGGUGAUUAUUAAAGACUGAAAAAAACCAACAUAUUACUUUGCGUUAAGUUCUAGGGGCUUAAAUUGUCGUGACUGUUUCUGUGAAUAUGCUUUUUUUUCCUUUGUAAUAACUGUGCUGUACUGUUUCUCCCAGGCACUGAAUUAAAGACUUUUUUCAGUUA